AUGGUAAUUUAUAAAGAAUUGGAACAUAAGGCUGCUGGACAUGACGGAACAAUGACUGAUGAAGACGGUCUACUUAUAUUUAAACCAUUAAAUCCACAAGAACUGGCAUUCUAUAAGAAUAUUCAAACUAGACUUGAAAAGCCGAAACGGUUUGAAGAAGGAGAUGUUCCAUUGGAACUGUGGAUGCCCACUUAUCUUGGUCUCCUGGAGGAAGGUGUGAAUAAACCGACUGAUAACGCCCAAAUUAUUACAGAUGGGUCUGAUUUGAGUAAGUCUACAGUAGCUUUGAGGGGACUUGGUCUUGAUGAGAAUUCCGACGGUGAAGACCAUAAAGGAUUCUUGGUGUUAGAAAAUUUAAUUGCUGGUUAUCAUAAACCUAACAUUAUGGACAUCAAACUUGGUAAAAUAUUAUAUGACGAAAACGCUUCAGAGGAAAAAAAGGCUCGAUUGAGCAAGGUAAGUGAGACUACUACAUCUGGAUUAUUGGGCUUUAGGAUUUGUGGCAUGAAAAUUCAAGAAAAUAAAUAUACUAUGGAUCUAGACCUUCAGCAUCAUGAAAAGCAUACUGAUGACGGUUAUAUCUUUGUAAAUAAGAUGUUCGGAAGAACAAGAACGGUUGAGGAUGUUCAUCAAGCUUUUGAUAUGUAUUUCUCCAAUCAGAAAUUAUCGGAACCAAGAAUAGAACAAUUAAAGCACAAUUUUUCACAGAGAUUACAACUUCUCUAUAAUACUUUGUUGAAUGAAGAAGUAAGAAUGAUCUCGAGUAGCUUGCUAUUUGUUUAUGAAGGUGAUCCAAUGAGAUGGGAUGAAGAAAAUGACGAAGAUCCAAUAAUCAAUGAUCAAUUCGGCGAUUGUAGUGGAGAUGAAAGUUCGUUAGCAACUGAUUUUGAUACAGAAGAUACUCCCGUAAGGAGCCCUCCUUUGAGUUCAUUAUCAUUAAUUGAUUUUGCACAUUCACAGCUUACACCGGGAAAAGGAUACGAUGAAAAUGUCAUAGAAGGGAUUGAAAGUCUAAUGGACAUAUUCGACAAAUCAUUUACAUAA